CGGGGGGCGCUGCUGAGUCUGCAGGGAUUCAAAACGCAGAAGAAGAAGAAGCGUCAGUCUCCACGUGAAGACAAGAUGGCGCCGCCCGGAGGGAAAAUAAAUCGCCCGAAAACUGAGUUGGGGAAGAAUCUCUUCAAGCGUCGUCGAGUUCUGAGUCGAGAGAAGAGGAAGAAGCGUCAGGUUGUUGGUGCCGUGGUCGACGGAGAGCUGAUCACCAUCCACCACCUGAGGAAGAGGACGACGAGUCCUCGAGCAAACAUCACACUGUCCGGAAAGAAGAAACGUAAACUGAUCAAACAGCUUCAACACCAGAAGAACGCCAAAGAAGCUGAAGCUGAAGCUGCGUUGGCACCACAGAAGAAGAACGUGGAGCAGGACGACCCCAUGACCCCGGCCAAGAAGCAGAGGAAGAGGAAGAAGAAAGGCGGAGCUCUCGAUAACGACGUGGAGAUGGCCGAUGUUGAGUGAAAGGACGUUUUUAUAAAGAAAGAUUAUAUCAAGAAAAGCCUUAUCGCCAUGGCAACGCUUUUCCCACCAAAAUAAAACUACAGAGCUGCUAUGACUUUUUCAGUUUUUUUUUUUUUUUUUUUUUUUUUUUACUUUUCUGUCAGGUUUUUGGUGGAAUGUGAAAAUGAUUCUGCUUUUUGUGCCUCGAUUAAAUGUUUCUGAAGAAAUUCUCUUGCGUUCUGAUUCCUGCUCUGAGUGUUUGCAGCGUCUUCAGAGUCUUUAUUCUCCAGGGAUUUAGGAGUUUUCUCGUUGAGUUUCUGCUGUGGUCGCCAUCCUGUUGCCACCUGUGUUUGAUUUUAGUACAAAAACGACGAACAGCGCCGACUCCUGGCCUGGAGAGCGAACUACGUCCUUUUCAAUGAUUCAUCUCUGGAAAUGGAUCAUUUUCAAAACACUGUCAUAAAACAUGAAACAUUUCUGAAAGAAACUUAAAAAAUGUUGCAUUUUUAUUUUGAAGCGCUGCCAGGAAACAGGGCAUGAGUUGUAGUUGAAUGUUUUAUCUGAUGAUAAAUAACUGAUUUCUUUGGGUUUUUUGAGAAAGAUUUGAGUUUUAGGGGGAAUUAGAAGUGUUUUGGAGCCGAUAACCCUCAUAUUUGAUCCUUGUAGUAAGAAUUAAUUUUUUUGUCUUCAUUUUCAUUUUAGAGCUUCCAUGUGUUUGACAUGUUUUGUGAAAUUGCAACUAAACUGUUAUUUAUGAUCCAUCUGCUCAUAUUUUUAUAAUUGUUUUUGGUGUGAUUGCAGUAAUCUUUCAUUUUCUGUCAACAAUGAGACAAAAAUAUUAAAUAUUGAUAA